AACAAAAUGGCGGAUAGUAACACAAAAUUUUAAGGAAGUGCACAAUUUAACUGUAAUUUAGCAUUGUUUUCCGCAUAAUUACUAACUGAUGACUGGAAAAACAUAAAAAAUAUUGAAGGAGAAUGACUUCAGUCAAGGUAGCGGUCCGUGUGCGGCCGCUAAACAAAAGGGAGAUUGACCUGGAGAGUAAAUUUAUCAUUCAGAUGCAUGGAAAAAAGACCACUAUUACCAACACAAAGAUGGUUGAGGAGAAGCUGGAAGGGGUAUCAGAUUCUACGAGGGAAGCUAUGAGAGUUAAAGACUUCACAUUUGAUUUCUCAUUCUGGACAGUAGACAGAGAGGAUACUGAGACUUACUGUGACCAGGAAAAGGUAUACAAGUGUCUCGGUGUAGAUGUGGUUGACUCAGCCUAUGAAGGAUACAAUGCCUGUGUGUUUGCAUAUGGGCAGACUGGCUCAGGGAAAACAUACACUAUGAUGGGCCCUCAUGAUGAUGUGGGCUUGAUACCUCGUAUAUGUCAGGAACUGUUUCACAGAAUGACAGAUGAAACUACAAGUUAUAGAACUGAAGUUAGCUAUUUAGAAAUAUACAACGAAAAAGUACGAGAUCUGCUCAAAGUGACAAAUGCCCAUAAUGUUGUACACAAUCUCAGGGUGAGGGAACAUCCCAAGGAAGGUCCUUAUGUUCAGGGUCUAUCCAAGUAUAUUGUACAUAGUUUUGGAGAAAUAGAGUCCCUAAUGCAGAAAGGAAACUCUGUCAGAACGACUGCCUCCACCAAUAUGAAUGAUGUAAGCAGUAGAUCACAUGCUUUAUUCACCAUUGUUUUCACUCAGGCAACUAUAAAAGAUGGAAUACCUAGUGAGAAAAUGAGUAAAGUCCAUCUUGUGGAUCUGGCAGGAAGUGAGAGGGCUACAGCUACUGGGGCAACAGGUCAAAGGUUACGGGAAGGAGGAAGUAUCAAUAAAUCUCUAGUCUCACUUGGAACAGUCAUCAAACAGUUAGCUGAGGUAUCUGAGAAGGGGUUGAAGUCUGCGAAGGGACAUUUCAUUCCAUACAGAGAUUCUGUACUAACCUGGCUGCUCAAGGACAGUCUUGGUGGUAACUCUAGAACAAUCAUGGUUACAACUAUAUCCCCGGCAGAUGUAAACUAUGCAGAGACAUUAAGUGCCCUCAGAUAUGCCAACCGAGCCAAAAAUAUCAUCAACAGACCUACUGUCAAUGAGGAUAAGAAUGUAAAGAUCAUUCGUGAACUGAGGGAAGAGAUAGAACGACUGAAAGCUAUGGUUGGUGGAGAUAUAGACAGUAUAUCAGCACCCAAAGUGAAAGAGAGGCUACACGAAAGUGAGGCUAGAAUGAAAGUGCUCACAGAGGAAUGGAGUGAAAAAUGGAAAGACAUUGCCAAUAUUCUGAAGGAGCAAGGAACCUUAGCUCUGAGGAAGGAAGGAGCCGGUGUGGUCCUGGACUCUGCACUGCCACAUCUCAUUGGUAUAGAUGAUGAUAUACUCAGUACAGGCAUCAUGUUGUUUCAUCUCAAGGAAGGUAAAACAAGGAUUGGUAGGAGUGAUUCUGACCCGCCAGUGGAUAUAGUGAUAGCAGGAGAGGAGGUGGAGAAGGAACACUGUACAAUAGAGAAUGUGAAUAACACAGUUACGUUAUACCCUGGGGAGGAGGCCUUGUGCUGUGUGAAUGGGAACAUUGUGUCAGAGCAUAUUAAACUUACACAAGGAGCUGUGGUUGUUCUGGGAAAAACGAAUAUGUUCAGAUACAACAACCCUGUGGAAGCUGCCAAGAUGAAGGAAGAACUGAAAAAGGGCAAUUUGAUCAAGGGAAAAGCAAACAGUCAGUUUGCAAGAGUGUUAUUUAGUGGAAUGUCUAUUUCUCUAUCUCGGACCUCACUAAUCAGCCAAUCCAUGACAGAUCUCUACAGAUCAUCAGAGAAUCUCUCCGGUAGUGGGUGGGAGUUAGACAGCUCACACAGGGAGGAACAAGAGAAAAUUGAAGAACUAAAAUGUCAGAUCAAGGUGUUGGAAGAUCGCUACCAUGCUGAGGAGGAAGAACGUAUCAACAAACAGGUUUCCAUGGAAAUAGAGUUGGAGAAAAAACAGAAUCAGCUCAACAAGGCAUACAAAGAGCUAGAAAAAGUCCAAACUGAGGUCUUACAGGCACACCAGUUUGAUCAUAUACCCAUUAAACUACCAAAGGGUGCUCAGAUAGAUGACCUGUUGAAGAAUUUAGAUGUGAAGGAGAAGACACUGAUAGAGACAUGCAGACAGAAUAGUGAAACUUUACAUAUAAAAAUGGAGACACUGAGAAGUGACAAUGAAGUCCACAAACAGAGUGUACAAGCUCAGAUAACUCUGCUUGAUGACAGGUGUAGACUCAAAGACAAUGAGAUCCAACUGCUCGAUGAUGAACUUUUGGUAAAAGAACAGGCAGCAAAAGAACAAGAUAAGGAGGAUCAGAAAGUAAUUGAUGCAGAACAAAAGCAACUUGACAAAAUGAAGAAAGACUUUGAGAUCAUCUUUCAUGAACAGUUGGAGGAGAAUGAAUCUUUGAAAGAGAAAUUUCAAGAAAUUGAAAUGGAAGUAAAUCAACUGCAAUCUCAAUUUGACAAAAAAGAAUCUGAAAUGAAGGAGAGAUGGAAGAAGAAUGUGGAUGAGAUUGCUAAUGAGAAUCAUGAAAUUGAAGAAGCUUGGAAUGAUCUGAAAGACCAGGAAAAGGAAUAUGACGAAUGUUUGAAAUCAGAAACAUUGACUGAAAAAGAGAGGAGAGAUAUUGAAAUAGAAAAGGAACAACUUGAAGAAGCGAAAAGUCUUCUGAAACUUGAAGAAGAGAAAGUAGCAACUAAAGAAAGAAAAAUUCUUGAUGCAAUUGAAGUGGAAAUGGACAGAUGGGAACAAUAUAAAAAAGAAGAACAGAAUAAGGUUGAUAGAAUGAAGAAAGAUGUAGCAAAAGAGGCUAAAAGUAAAGAAUUAGAUUCCCUUAGUAGUAAAAUAGAAGAAAUGGAAACAAAUAUUUCAGAUAUGGUUAGUGAUUUAAAAAAGCAAAAUGUUGUGUUAAAAGAGUUUGAAAAAGACAUUGACACAAAAAAGUCACAAUUUUUGGAUGAAAAAGAGGAUAUUAUAAGAGAAAAGAAUGAUUUAAGUAGCUCACAGUGUAGGGCUGUGAUAAAACUGGAACAGGAGAUUAUAUCAAUAAAUGAAGAAUUAAAUUCUGUAGAGGAAAAUCUCAGUGAACAAUUGAAGGAGAUUCAGGAAGAAAGGAAAAGCUUGCUGUUACUGAAGAAGUCUCAGAGUAUGGCUGACUCGGGUAUAGGAGAUCUGGAUGAACAAUUACAGCAGGUUGAGAUGACCGAUGAAGAUCAACAAAAGAUAGAACAAAAGAGAAAGGAGCUUGAAGAUUUGCAGGCAGCAGUUGAUAGAGCCCAGGAAGCAUUGGAGGAGAAAGUGCGGGGCUUUGACCAGGCACGAGAUUACGAGCUAGAUAUUAUAGAACUGGAGAAAGAUAACCUUCAGGAGAGAGUCAGACAAGACAGGAUAAAUGCAUUAGUAGAACAGGAGGUGAAGAGAAGGAUGUUUGAAGAGAAAAUUCAGAGGGAACAAAAGCGUCAGCUAGAACGAGACAAAGAAAAGAGAGAGAGAGAAGAAGAAAUAAAACGUCUUAAAGAUGCUCAUCAUAGAGAAAUGAAACAGCUUAAAGCCAGAUAUGAAAAACGAAGUGGAUCAAUAGGGAAGGGUAUAUCACCAUCUCUGUCUAACCCUUACGCUACUGUUAUGUCAGCUGAUUCAGAAGGAGAAGUGCCUAGAAGAAAAAGUACUGGUAAUUUAAGUAAAUUUGAAGAGUCUCCAAAAUCUAUCAUUAUAACUAUUCCAAUGUACAGACUACAGUGUUACGGAUCUGACAGUCACUAUGAAUACGAAGUCAAGAUUGUGAUUGGAGAUGAUGUAUGGUCAGUUAUGAGAAGAUACAGCAAGUUCAGAGAGUUUCAUAUGGACAUCAAGUCCAAAAUUCCUGAGAUAAAUGCGUUGGUGUUUCCACCAAAGAAACUGUUUAGUAAAACAGAGAAAGUGGCAGCAGAGAGAAGAAGUCAACUUGAGUUCUAUGUGAACAGUGUGAUAGAAAUCUGCUCAAAGAUUCCAUCUUGUUGUUUACAUUCCUCGAAAAAUGAAUUCCUCUCUAAACAAGUGCUCUGUGAUUUCAACCCAUUCUUCAAGAAAGGUCUCUUUGAAAACUCAAAAUACGGAACUGGUUAAAAAAAAAUCUGUGUGUUUAUACAUCAUAUUGGUGAAAGUCAUUUAUAGAACAAAUAUUACCAUGAUGCUAUGUAAAUAAGAUAGGUAUGUUGCGUAGAAAAAGGAAUACCGGUAUACACUUCAUUGGACAACAUAUGUUAAGGAUUUUUGUCAAGGAUUUUCAACAGAAUAUGUGUGCAUUUAGUUUCUUCCAGCAUUUUUAUAUCAGAUCAUGUUUGUUUUUCUCACAGAAACAAGACUGUGUUUUUUUUCAGUUCAUGUAGUAAUAUUUUUUUCAGUUAGUCUGUCAGAUAAACCAACUGAAUCUUUGAUAUAAUAAGUAGACUAAUAAGUUAUUUCCAGGACAACAUAAUAAAAUAUUUGGUUGUUUAUUUCAUGCAAAGAUAACUCAUUACCUUGCUACUUUGACUUACCUAAAUUGCAAAAAAAAAAAAAAAAAACUUUUGAACUCAUAACUGAACUCACUUGACUUCAGUCUAGUUUGUAAACCCCGAAUCUUGCCAUGUGUUACUUGGUUACAUGCAAAAUUUAACCAUGUUUUGUUCUCAUAUAAAUUUUAGAACUGCCAUUAAAGAAUACCUCUGAAGGUUUGUGUAAAUUAUCAACACAGACAUUUUAUCUGCCCUAUGGAGUGUGCAAUGUACUUUUUAUAUAAUUUCAAAUUGAAUUUUAUGUUAUAUAAUACAGUAAAGAAUGCAUUAUUGUGUCUUCUUCACUUGGAGGAAGGAUGAGUUAGAAUUUAAUUCCAGUUGACUAUAUGUCUGGCAGUUGACUGUAUGUCUGGCAGUUGACUAUAUGUCUGGCAGUUUGCUAUAAAUGAGACAUAGCAAUAACCAAUGUUUUAUGGUGAAAAAAUACACCAUUCCAUUCAUACAUGUCAUUAACUGUUGUCCAAGACCAUUAUCAAACAAUAAUUAGUUCUUAACCUUAAGCCUGCUGGCGGCAAGUGAUUCUGCCUUUGUGACCAGUGCAGACCAAGUUCAGCCUGCAAGUCCGUGCAGGCUGAUCAUGGUCUGCAUUGUUCUCUGUUAUGUUGCAAUUGAUAAAUUUUCAGUGAACAUCCCUUAGAAUAAUAAGUGGCACUUCCCAAAACUGAAUGAUGGACCAGUCCAUUUUAAAUCAAGCAGGGUAAAGGUUAAAGCAUAUGAUACUUCUUGGUUGCUUUUAGUAAAGUGUAUUCGUGGGAACACAAAAUCAGGAAAAUAACAUGCUAGAUUUUGCUUUUGCUUUGUUUGUCUGCUAGCUUAAGGAAAUAUUAUAUAGGGCAUCUCUUCUACCAUAGACAGAGACUGAUAUUUAUGAAGGGCAUUUGCUUGUUAAAACAUGGGUGUUCCCUUGAAAUAUGUUACUGGUAUGAAAUAUGCAUGUAUAAAGAGAUGGUUUUACAGUUAAGUUUUAUUUGUGUGUAUUUAAUGGCAGAAUGUGUAAUAAUACAUGAAUUCCAAGACAUGGGAACAUUUUAGAUUAUUUUAUAUAGACACAUACGUGUAUAAUAUGUAGCUUGUUUACCCUUUAAACCAUUGUUUGAAAAUAAAAGGGUCUGAAUGUAUUUGAGGAAAGUUGAAACUACUGUCAAAAGUGCUGUAGAAUAAAUACUUUGUAUUGUUGGGCAGUAGUACUUAUGCUCCACAAAGGGGAAGCUAUAGUCGCCGCUUUGUCUGUCUGUCCGUCUGUCCCGUAAUUCUUGUCUGGAGUAUUUCUCAGUAAUCACUGGUUGGAAUUUAUUGAAAAUUCAUAGGAAGCCACACUUUCAAGAGGAGAUGCGCAUAAUUUAUUGUCUUCAUGUUCCGGUCGAAUGAUAUUUCACUGAGUUACUCCCCUUUUAGUAUUCAACAGUAGUAUGCUAUAUACAGUUCUUGUCCAGAGUAUUUCUUAGCAGCCACUAGUUUGAAUUUAGCCAUCUUUAUAGGAAGCUUCACUAUCAAGCGGAGAUGCACAUAUUGUCUUGGUGUUCUGGCCGGAUGAUUUUUUACUGAGUUAUUGCCCUUGGUACUUCAACAGUAGUAUACUAUUAUAGUACAAUUCUUGUCUGGACUAUUUCUCAGCAACCACUUGUUGGAAUUUAACCGCUUAACUAUCAAGAGGAGAUUAUCUUUGUUUUUGUUGGGGGAUUUUUCACUGAGUUAUUGCCCUUUGAUUAUUCAACAUUAGUAUACUGCAGUACCAUUUCUUGUCCAGAGUAUUUCUCAGCUGUGAACCACUGGCUAGAAUUCAUCAAAACUUCAUAGGCUGCUUUGCACCCAAGAUGAGAUGGGCAUGUUAUCUUCAUGUUCCGGUCGGAUAAUUUUCAAUGAGUUACUGCCCUUUAAUAAAUCAAUAUUAGUAAACUAUAGUGCCAUCCUAGUCAGGAGUAGUCUCAGCAGUCACUGGCUGGAAUUCAUCGAAAAUUCAUAGGAUGCUUCACUCUCAGGAGGUGUGCACAUUUUUCUCAAGGUUUUGCAGCGAGAUAUUGCCAUUUGAUUAUUCAGCAUUUGUACCCAGUCAGUAAAUUCCACUUCUUAUUUUUUGGUAUGCAAUAAUCAUAUUUCAGGGAGCGUCCGUUGGUUUUACCAAUAUUUUCUUGUUAUACUAGAGGAUUUAUUGUGUAGGGAUACGGGGAAUCCAGUAUAUGGUUGAUAGGGUUAUACUUGUGUUCAGUAUUUAUGUUUGCAGUGAUAAUCUACAUUAGGCUUUCGGUGUUGCUUUGUAAUGUUUCAAUGUUGCUUUGUAAUGUUUCAAUGUUGCUUUGUAAUGUCUCAGUUAUAGGCUCAUUAUGUCUCCCCCAUAGGCAGGGGAGACAUAUUGUUUUUGCCUUUGCUGUCUGUCUGUCCAUCCUUCUGUCCAUCCACAUUAAGCUUGUCCCGCUUUCACAGGUCAAACUGCUGGCCAGAUUUCGACAAAACUUCACAGGAGUGAUCAGUACCAAGCCUAGUUGUGCAUAUUGCAGGCACUGCUUCGCUGCACAAAAUGGCUGCAAGAGCUAAAAAUAGAAAAAUCUUGUCCGGCUUUCACAGGUCAAACUGCUGGCCAGAUUUCGACGAAACUUCACAGGAGUGAUCAGUACCAAGCCUAGUUGUGCAUAUCGCCGACAUGUUCUGCUUCGCUGCACAAAAUGGCCACCAGAGCUAAAGAUAGAAAAAUCUUGUCCGGCUUUCACAGGUCAAACUGCAGGCUGGAUUUUGACGAAACUUCACAGGAGUGAUCAGUACCGAUCCCAGUUGUGCAUGUCAUUAGCAUGUUCUGCUUGGCUGCACACAAUGGCCGUCAUAGCUAAAGGUAUACAUAGUGAGGAGACAUAUGUUUUUAUGACAAAAACACCUUCUAGUUUUAUAGUGCUCACAUACAAAUAUGUAAAAUUUAUAGGAUGUCUUUCAUGUAUGCCCAAUACCGGUUUACAUGUACACAUUAUGAUUAUUUUAAUGUAUUUAUAUUUUACUUGCAUGUAUCUUUGUUAAUACUUCAUUUAUUAUUUAUAUUUUACACCAUAACUGUACCAUCAAUAUUAUAGAGGGUCAGUUUUAUAUUUAGAAUGUCCAACAUACCUUGUAUAACAGUUUAGAUAAGCAGGGCAAUUCUAUAUGUUAUUUCUAUCCAUAAGGAAAUGAGAGGCUUGAAACAAGUGGGAAAACUUCUAAUUUUGCCUUCGGUCAUUGGAUGAAAGGUGGUGUUAAGUAGAUCAAAGGUCACACAUAGUUACCUUAAGGUUGAAAACAAUUUCUUAAUAACUUGUACAGUGGUCAAACUGCAGUCGAUAACCAGUGACAUUCUGGGAUCAUUUGGUCAAAGGUCAAGGUCAUAGUGAUUGAAUAUAACUGGAGAACAUCUGGAACCUACAGUGGUCAGUCAUAGAAUGAUUGCAUGUGGUCACUACCUUACCAUUUAGUUUGGAGUUCAUUGGGUAAAAACUCAAGGUUACAGUGACAUGGAGACUGUAGACGUUUCCCAGUCAGUAACUGGAGAAUGCUUGGGUUUAUGGAAGCCAACCUUUAUAUAGUGAAUGUCAGUUGUCAGAAGAUGAUCUCCUAUUGUUUUUGGAGUCAGUAGAUCGAAGGUCAAGAUCAUAAUGGUUUCCAGGCAAUACCUGUAGAAUGUAUUGGUAUUUCAAACUUUAUAGAAAGAUAUGAUCUGUUGUCAGUAGUGACCUGUCUUGUUUAUUGGAAAUCACUGAUCUAGGUCACAACAUACUUUGAGACUGAAAGUUGCACACCAUGCUAUCAUGGGUCAUUGUUUUAACAGUCAGCUGGCAUUUUAAUACUUCUUAAUUUUCAUGGACUAGAUAUUUACUUGGUACAAAUCCCAUUCUUGCCAGUAGAAUUAAAAUGGUUCAAGCUUUUUUCAGAAUGUACAAAGUUCUGACCAUGACACAUACAGAUCUCUAGGUGAUGUUUAACAUGGCUCUUGCAAAAGCAAAUUAAACAAAAGAGUAAUGCAGGCAGUUUUUAGCUUGACUUUGUAUGUAUGUUUCUUGUACUACUGUUCAAGAGGGACUUGGUUUGUUAUCAGAUUAGAUUCGAAUACUCAGAGGGGUUAUAAAAUAGAAGUAGCUGAGACUAAUUAUUAAAUGGAUUGGAAUAUUUUUGAUAAGGAACUGUCAUUUUCAUUCUGUAUUGAGGUGCUUUGUUUGGUGUACUGUACUAUGGGUAUCAUGAUAUAGCUUUGCCAAGUACUUUUGUGUUCAGUUUGUAGAUAAAAUUUGUUGAUCUGACAAAAUUGUUUACUUUUUAAACUAUUAUGUUUUUGCAGUGUUAAGAUGCUUUUAAGGAUUUAUGUUGUUGUCCAUUUUUAAUGGUCUGUAGUAUGAAGUUUUCUUGGAAGCUUAAAACUUUUUGAUAACCCCUUCCUAUUAACCUUAAGCCUGCUGGCGGCAAGUGAUUCUGCCUGUGCAGGCUCAUCUUGGUCUGACUGUUUGCUAUUCAGUCUGUAAAUUUUCAGUAAAAACCCCUUUGAAUAAUAAAUGGUACUGCCCAAAUUAAAUGAUAGACCAGUCCAUUUUAGAAAAUUAGCAGGCUAAAGAUUAAAGAUGGGACAAAACCCUUGUUAAAUUUCAAACUGGACAAAACUGUUACUAUGAUUUUUCAAAUGUAGUAAAACCACUGGCUCAGUAUACUUCUCCAAGUUUAUAUUUGGUGUUGGAUUCUUAUGAUCAAAUUAGCCUGCCUGCUUAGUUCAAUAGGGAGAGUGCAGAUCUGCGGAUUGCGGGGUCACGAGUGUGAUCCCCAGCUAAGGAGCAUGUUCUCCAUGAAGCUUUAAUUGAAGACAUUGUAUCAUAAGUCCUCCACCUCUGAUUCAUGUGGUUGAAGUUGGCAGUUAUUUGCAGAGAACACUUUAGUGCUUGCACAGAGUCCAGGAACAUUUGUAAGGUCAACAGUCUGCUAUUACAUAACUGAAGUACUGUUGAAAAACGGCUUUAACCCAAAACAAACACACUUCUGAUGAAAUCAUUUUCUAUGUAACAUUUAUUUGUAAGAAUUUUCUAAAGUAUUGUUGACCAGAGAAUUUUAUUAUAUUUCCAAAUGGCUUUUAGCAAUAUCCAAUGGUACUGUGACUUACCAGAUGAUGGCCAUUUUUAUCAGUGACACAAAUUCAUCCAUGUACAUUUUUAUAUACAUGUAUUUUAUCUGAAUUCCAUGUGUAUAGGUUUAUUUACCAGAGCUAAGGGAGACAAUUUUGUUUGCAUCUUUUGUUUUAAUGUUUGGUAUUUUGUUUUAUAUUUCUAAUCUAAGGGAUGUGUUAUGUUUUGGGGAAUGUAGUCAAUGUAGGACACUUAUUCAUUUAAGAGUUAAUUUUUUAUGUUGCAGUCUUUUUUGUUGUUGUUGGUAACUCAAGCUUCCAGAUUUAUUUCAUGUGCUAACAUUUUGUUUUCAGAAAUAUGCAAAGUUGGAUAUUAAGUGAAUAUUUUCAGACUAUGACUCUGUCCUUUUUCUUAGUAACAAGGUAUGUGAUGAUUAGACCCACUUAACAUAGAAAUAUAAAUGAGCCGCACCAUGUGAAAACCAACAUAGUGGCUUUGCGACCAACAUGGAUCCAGACCAGCCUGCGCAUCCACGCAGUCUGGUCAGGAUCCAUGCUGUUCGCUAACUGUUUCUCAUUGCAGUAGACUUUGAAAGUGAACAGCAUGGAUCCUGACUAGACUGCGCAGAUGUGCAGGCUGGUCUGGAUCCAUGCUGGUCGCAAAGCCACUAUGUUGGUUUUCUCAUGGCGCGGCUCAAAUACAGUUGAAACUGAAGCAGCAUUUUUGAGGUACAGUAUAUUAAAUUUGCCUUGUAAAAUGACUCUUAAUUCACAAACAGAAUAAUUUUUUUUAAACUUCCAUUCUCACUUAACUGUGCAGCUGUCAUACACUUGUAAACUAUUGAAAGAGUGUGAUUCCUCUCAUAUUCCAUUAAAAAAUUAUUUGUAUCAGUGUUAGAGAAUUAGUUACUUUAAACAGGCUUAAAAUUAUUGGUAUUUUGAUUUUUUUAGAGGCAUGUAUUUUAGUUUAAUGCAUAAAUAAUUAUAUAGGUGCUGCUCUGAUGCAAUUUCACAGGCUGAAAGAUUUUAUGGAGAUAUUUAUUCAUGAGAUUUUAUAAAUACUCGUGUACAGGAAUUGUUGUAAUAAAAUGAAAAACAUAUUUUAAAGUUCUAUUUUGGUUUGCAGUUUUCACCACAUGUAUAUUCUUUGCUGAAAUUAUACUUCAAGGUAGCUGAUGUUUAAUGACAAUUUGUAAUUUCUGUUUGAUUACAUUUCCUCCAUUAGGGAGUUUCAGUUUAUGACUUCAGACCAAAAGAGCAUGUGUUGGAGGUAUUUAAGAAAGUUAUUGGAAUACCGGCCUGAAAUUCACUCCGGCGAAAUAUUCCAACCACUCGGCCUUCCUAGUAAAUAGAGGUAUUCGCUGUUCAGCAUUAGGUGCCAGUACACAAAAUAUAUAACUGGAAUAAAGAAAUGUGUGCAUUUUUCACAUCUUGAACAUUGUUUUGAAAUUCUAAAUCUGUAAUUUGACUUAACAUGUAUACCUUAAUCUCAUUACAGUCUGCCCAAAUAUCGUGUCAAACUAUGGAUUAAGAAUAUCAGAAUAAUUAAGAUUUGAAAAAUACAUGAAUUUCUUACUUCUGGUCACUGUUUUGUAAACCGCUGCAGCUGAGCCAGGGGUACCACUAAUGGCUGAGAUGCCCGAGCCAUCCGCGUGAUUAACAAGUUUGUAAAUGUGCUGUAUAAUCUAGUCAUACUAUUCUGUGUAACUUACUAAUAAUUAAGUCAUAUUUAUUAUAUUGUGUAUUAUAUCAUUUUAUUGAUUAACAAUGCUAUUAUUACUUUUAGAAGGACCUUAUAUUUUACUCAAUACAUAUCAGUGUCCAAAUACAAAAUAAUCUACCUGUGAAAACUUUGUGGUGCAUUAUAUUUCAUAAGUUAACUUCAGUGAUGUUAUUUAUGUAAUUAUUCAUGUACGCUGAUGGGGCUUUUAAUGUUAUUUAUGAUAUCAUUAAAAAGAUGAAAAAGAUUUUUUUUAACUGUAUGUCCAAUUUGAUAUUUUCAUUUUCAGUGAAACAUUCUUUGUUCAGUCCUUUUUGAAUUUUUAGAAAAGAAUUUUAUAUACCUAGGUGAUGGCAUAGGUGACUGCGCAGAUGCGCAGGCUGGUCUGGAUCCAUGCAAGUCGCAAAGCCACUAUGUUGGUUUUCCCAUGGCGUGGCUCAUAUGUCGAAAUAAAGCUGUCUACAAAAAGGGAGAAGAACAAAUCCUGAUUUUAGUAUUUACUGUAAACCUCUUGUUAUUACACCAGCACUUUGCACUAAAUCUAAUUUAGACAUCAUGAGCUGGGUCGUACAAAUCUGCUUAUUGCUUCUUGAAUUAUUGUAUUGCUUGUUUAGAAUGAAGAUAAGUUGAAUACAAUUUUUUGCCAUAUUGAUGCUAUUGUGUUUGCAUGAAAGUGUAAAUAAUUGAAUAUAUAAUAUACAAAAAGAACCACUUUAUUUGAAAUGAAUCUUUAUCUCAAUUUCUCUGAUAAAAAAGAAUCUCUUGUGUGAACAUGUGGUUGUAAUAUGUGAUAAAACAUAUCUUUGUACAAGUACAAAAGUGUGAUCAAUAACUGAAAUAUCUUAAAUAGUAAAACACUAAAACAACAUGUGAAAUAAUAAAACACUAAUAAUAAAAUGCUAGAACAAUAUGUGGAAU